AUGGAGUUGCUACAGAAGGAGCACCAGCGCGUGUUCAAGCGGGUGCAGAGCUCGAAGAGUAUUAAUGACGUGCAGGCCACAAUUGAUUUGCUGAGAGAAGCUCGAGAUGCUAUUGAAAGGGAUCCGAGCUCCGCUUCGAUAACCCUGGCUAAACUUCAAAACCCGGCCAAAGCCUCCUUUGAUACAAUCAACGACAGUUUAAAAGAAACUUACACUGCCUUGAACAAGUAUGGCAGGGCUCUGGACAAGGCAAGAUGCUCCUGGACUAUGACGCGGGAUAAGCCCCUUCCGAGCACCGAAUAUGACGCUCUGUCAUUGCAGUCUGCUCUCGUCAAUAGGGCGAUUGCAAUGCAUUUGUUGCGAGAAGGCCAGUUCUCCGUAGCAUCCACCUUCCUCUCAGAAGUGGCGGCAAAUCCGACCCCUGCACAGUCCUUUAGCGAUAUACCCAGCUCAGGUCAGCGCAACAAUGCAUACCAGCAAUUUGAUGAUUUGCAAUCCGGAGAAAUGCGAGACCAAUUUUCCUUGAUGUAUCGUAUAUUACACCAGUUGCGUGAGGAGCAAAAUCUACUGCCUGCCAUCGACUGGGCAAGAGAACAUCGAGUCGAGCUGGAGAAAAGGGGAAGCAAUCUCGAAUUCGAGCUGUGUCGGCUGCAGUUCGUAUGGUUGUUUCAUGGCGGCAAGACGGGCAAUACAUCGAUGAUAGCUGGCAGAGCCGCUGCACUCGAAUAUGCGAGAACAGAUUUUCGCCAUUUCCACGCCCGACACCUUCGUGAGGUCGAACAGUUAAUGGGCGCCAUGGCAUUCUGUCCGAAUCUUGAUGACUCUCCGUAUAAAUCUAUUUUCAAUAACCCCUGGGCAUGGUCCGAUGUUGCUACGGCAUUCACACGCGAGUUCUGCGCUCUACUUGGCUUAUCAGCCGAUUCUCCUCUAUAUAUCGCUGCCACGGCAGGGGCAAUCGCUCUUCCCACCCUUCUCAAACUCCAAGCUAUCAUGAAAGAGAAACGCACCGAGUGGACCACUCAGAAUGAAUUACCCGUCGAAAUCCCUCUUCCACCAUCUUACCUCUUCCAUUCUAUAUUUGUAUGUCCUGUUUCUAAAGAACAGACCACCGAUGACAACCCACCUAUGAUGAUGCCCUGCGGGCAUGUCGUUGCCGAAGAGUCUCUAAUGAGAUUAAGCAAAGGUGGCAAAUUUAAAUGCCCAUAUUGUCCGAAUGAGAGCCACCCAAGGGAUGCAAAAAAGGUUAUUUUGUGA